ACAUGACAUCAACCGGCAUAAACAACACAUCGCUUGCGUAUUUUUGUGCUCCGUUUUAAAUUUAAUUUUAGCACUUUUAAGAUGAAACUGUACGCAUUAAGUGGCGAUCCGGCAAAACCGUGCUAUGUGCUCAGCUACAAGGGAUUGAUGAUUAUGCUGGAUUGUGGUCUGUCGAUAAAUUCGGUGUUAAAUUUUCUACCGUUACCACUAGUGCAGAGUCCCAAGUUUCAGUGUUUGCCGAAUUGGAACUGUCGGGACUCUGACAUACAGCUGGAGGAUGGGGAAAUAAAAGAAUGCUGUGGAUGUGCGUUCGUGAAUUCAGCACCGGAGUUUGUGCCACCCUUAGAAAAGCUGAUCGAUUUCUCCGAGAUCGAUGUGAUUCUGAUCUCCAACUACACGAACAUGCUAGCGUUGCCGUACAUUACGGAAGGAACGGGCUUUUGCGGUACAGUUUAUGCGACCGAACCAACGCUACAGAUUGGUCGAUUUUUCCUCGAAGAGUUGGUGGAGUAUAUCGAGGCAUCGCCAAAAGAAACCACCGCUAGAAUGUGGAAAGAAAUCCAGCAUCAGUUGCCGGUACCGUUGAACGAUGUGUUUAAGCCUAAGAAUUGGCGUCACCUGUUUAGCAUGGAUGCGGUCAACAGGAGUCUGGCACGUGUACGGAUGACAGGGUACGAUCAGAAGUUGGACAUAUUCGGGGCGCUGCAAGUGACCCCGAUAAGCUCCGGGUUUUGUCUUGGAUCUAGCAACUGGACGAUCGUAUCGGGACAGGAGAAAAUUUCUUACAUCAGUGGAUCAUCCACGCUUACCACACAUCCGCGUCCUAUCAAUCAAACGGCGCUUAAGUACUCAGAUGUGGUCAUUAUGACCGGGCUAACACAAGCACCGCACGUCAAUCCCGAUGCCAUGUUGGGUGAGUUGUGCAUGAACGUGAUGAUGACGCUCCGGAACGGUGGAUCGGUACUGAUACCCUGCUACCCAUCCGGUGUCGUUUACGAUUUGUUCGAGUGUCUCUCGGUCAGUUUGGAUAAUCAGGGCUUCACACAAAUACCGAUGUUUUUCAUCUCACCCGUCGCGGACAGCUCGCUGGCAUACUCGAACAUCUUAGCCGAGUGGCUCUCCACAUCCAAGCAGAACAAAGUCUACAUUCCGGACGAACCGUUUCCGCACGCGAGCUUGGUGAAAAAUGCCAAACUGAAGCACUUUAAGCACAUCGAUUCGGAAGGUUUCAGCACCGAGUUCCGACAACCGUGUGUCGUGUUUUGCGGCCAUCCAAGCUUGCGGUUCGGCGAUGCGGUACAUUUCGUAGAACUGUGGGGUUCAAAUCCGUUGCAUACCAUAAUCUUUACCGAGCCGGACUUUCCACACAUGCAAGCACUCGCCCCGUACCAACCGUUGGCCAUAAAGACAGUUUAUUGUCCGAUAGAAACGUCACUAAACUUCCAGCAAGCGAACAAGCUGAUAAAGGAGCUGAAACCGGGUGUGCUGGUAAUACCAGAAAACUACACCCAACCACCGGCCAUCGCACCGCAAAAGUUGGAUCUCGUCAUUGAUCCAAUCCCGGACAAGAUGAUUAUAAAGUUUAAGCGAGGUGAAGUGAUUAAGCUACCGUUGAAGCGCAAGCGUGGACGCGUAUACCUCAACCCCAAAAUGGCGAAAGCAAUUGUUCCUCAGGAGGUGCAACCCGGAGUUACCGUUUCAACCGUUACCGGUGUGCUACAGGUUAAGGACAACAUUCACGAUCUGCUUCCACUCGAACCGACCAAGGAGGAACUUGCGGAGGAGCACAAAUCGAAACCCACCGGUCCACCGCAACCGUACAGCCAGCUGCGAACCGUUCGCUACGAAUGGGGAACGUUGGACAUUAAUCUGUUGCUGAAAAAGCUAGCACAGGAUGGUUUUACGGAUCUGAAAGUUGAGCAGGGUAGUGCCGAAGAGGUGACACUCGUUCUACCCUCCGAAGAUACGGUCAUCAAGGUGAGCGAGAAAAGUACCGAGAUUGUGUGCGGUGGAAAGCAGAGCCUUCGAUUGAAGUUGCGCGAUCUGUUGCUACAGUGUGUGCAAAGUUUUUAAAACAAACAUUUGUCAGGACGAAUAGUAUAAGCUAUAGAUAUAUUGUAUUAAUUAUAAUUUGAACUUAAUAUAAACGCUGAUGAAUUCAACCAAA